UCCUUCUCUUCUCGACAAGAUGGCCACUCCGGCAGCACCGGCAAGUUCGCCUCCGGCCGCUCCCGCCUCCACCCCGGCCCCGGCUGCGGCCCCGAGCCCGGCACCAGCCGCGGCCCCGAGCCCGACCCCGGCGGCAGCACCAGCUCCCGCGCCGGCUGCCGCUCCGACGCCCGCUCCGGCCUCCUCCGACCCGGCGGCGGGAGCUACUCCCGCAGCCCCUGGUCAGCCCCCGGCGGCCGCGCCAGCCCCCGCGCAGACGCCCGCGCAGCCGCUGGCGGCCCCCACGCUCCCGGGCCCCUUCCCCGGCGGCCGCGUGGUGCGGCUGCACCCGGUCAUCUUGGCCUCCAUCGUCGACAGCUACGAGCGCCGCAACGAGGGCGCCGCGCGGGUCAUCGGGACCCUGCUGGGAACUGUUGACAAGCAUUCCGUGGAAGUUACCAAUUGCUUCUCAGUGCCACACAACGAGUCGGAAGAUGAGGUGGCUGUUGACAUGGAAUUUGCUAAAAACAUGUAUGAACUACACAAGAAAGUCUCUCCAAACGAGCUCAUCCUGGGCUGGUACGCUACUGGCCACGACAUCACAGAGCACUCUGUGCUGAUCCACGAGUACUACAGCCGGGAAGCCCCCAACCCCAUUCACCUCACCGUGGAUACAAGCCUUCAGAAUGGCCGCAUGAGCAUCAAAGCCUAUGUCAGCACUUUAAUGGGUGUCCCAGGAAGAACUAUGGGGGUGAUGUUCACACCUCUGACGGUGAAGUAUGCAUAUUACGACACUGAACGAAUUGGCGUUGACCUGAUUAUGAAGACUUGUUUCAGCUCCAACCGAGUGAUUGGCCUCUCGAGUGACUUACAGCAAGUAGGAGGUGCAUCAGCUCGAAUCCAGGAUGCCCUCAGCACAGUGUUGCAGUAUGCCGAGGACGUGCUGUCUGGAAAGGUGUCAGCCGACAAUACCGUGGGCCGGUUCUUGAUGAGUCUGGUUAACCAAGUCCCCAAAAUUGUUCCUGAUGACUUUGAGACCAUGCUCAACAGCAACAUUAAUGACCUGUUGAUGGUGACGUACCUGGCCAAUCUCACACAGUCCCAGAUUGCCCUCAAUGAAAAACUUGUAAACCUGUGAGGGGUCCCAAACAACAUUUCUGCCUAUCUGGGACCCACUAGGACUCAGAGUGGAAUGAAGCCGAAAUGUAUUUCUUCUUGGUCAAGUCACAUGAAAUCCUUCACCUGCUUGUGACUACAAAUAAAAUUAGCCUUUCUUUUACAAAGGA